UGCGUUCUGCUGUGGGGGCUGGUGCCGGCGCCGGCGGGGUUGAGCUCACUAUGGAGCCGGUGACCCGGUGGAGCCCGAAGCAAGUGGUGGACUGGACUAAGGAACUUCCUAUUCUGCUUCGAGGUUUGUUCACGAUAUUGACAGAGGUGUGGAAAGCUUCAGCUGGACUGAUGUGCCAAGAAGGCACUUGGGAAGCUUGCACCCAGCUCCGGGAAGCUCUUUGGUGGGCGAGAGGAGGCCUGGAUGAUUGCCUGCAGCAGUAUGUCCAUAAAUUUGAACGGGAGAAGAUAAAUGGUGAACAGCUGUUACAGAUUUCUCACCAGGACCUUGAAGACUUGGGCAUCUCACGAAUUGGACACCAGGAACUGGUUCUGGAGGCUGUGGAUCUCCUGUGUGCCCUGAACUAUGGCCUUGAAACAGACAAUAUGAAGAAUCUGGUUCUCAAACUGCGAGCAUCAUCCAACAAUCUGCAAAAUUACAUCAGCAGCCGUAGGAAAAACUCAAAUUAUGAUGGAAACACCUCUCGCAAGCCCCCCAAUGAAUUCCUUACUUCUGUGGUAGAGCUUAUUGGUGCUGCCAAAGCCUUGCUUGCAUGGUUGGACAGGACCCCAUUUACGGGUAUUGCUGACUUUUCAUCAAUGAAGAACAGAAUCAUUCAGCUCUGCUUGGAUCUCACUACUACUGUUCAGAAGGACUGCGCUGUGGCUGACAUGGAAGAUAAAGUUCAGACUGUAGCCAAGACUUUAAAUGGCAUUUGUGAUAAAGCUAUCCGAUCAACUACAGAUCCAUUGAUGAGCCAGUGUGCAUGUCUAGAGGAGGUUCAUUUAACUAACAUUAAGCCUGGGGAAGGCCUGGGAAUGUACAUCAAAUCAACUUAUGAUGGAUUACAUGUAAUUACUGGAACUACAGAAAACUCCCCUGCUGAUCGAUCUCAGAAGAUUCAUGCUGGUGAUGAAGUGAUCCAGGUUAAUCGUCAAACUGUGGUUGGAUGGCAACUAAAAAAUCUGGUGGCAAAGUUGCGAGAGAAUCCUGCUGGAGUUAGGCUGCUGCUUAAGAAACGUCCUACUGGCUCUUUCCAUUUCACUCCUGCUCCGUUAAAGAACCUGCGUUGGAAACCACCCUUGGUGCAGACCAGUCCUCUGCCAAUCACGAGUCCUUCAACCCAGUCACCCGAAAGCACCGUGGAUACCUCACUGAAAAAAGAGAAGCCAGCCAUUUUGGAUCUGUACAUACCACCUCCACCAGCUGUUCCAUAUUCUCCUCGAGAUGAAAAAGGGAGUUUUGUGUACGGAGGAGGCAACAAACCCAGUCAGCCACUACCUGGGUCCAAGGGUGCCGAGUCCCCCAAUUCUUUUCUGGAUCAGGAGAGUCGAAGGCGAAGGUUUACUAUUGCUGAUUCAAAUCAGUUGCCUGUGUAUCCCAUCGAAGCAAAUAUUCUACCAGCUAAGAUGAGGGAAAAAACACAAUCCUAUGGAAAACCUCGUCCUCUGUCAAUGCCUGCUGAUGGGAGCUGGGUAGGAGCUGCAGAGCCCUUCUCUAGGCCACGAGCACCAGGGAGAAAAGGUGAAGAUGCCCUCUGCAGGUACUUCAGUAAUGAAAGGAUACCCCCAAUCAUUGAAGAAAGCACCUCCACACAACACCCUCUCUCAAGGCCAGUCUCUGAGAAGCAGUUAGUGAGGGGAACAGAUUAUAUUCGAGGCAGCAGAUGUUUUAUGAAUGCAGACCUCCACAACAGUGCAACAAUUCCUUUUCAAGAGGAAGGUGCUAAAAAAUCUUCUGUUACAUCAUCCACAAAAUCUUCCUCCACAGAGCCCUCGCUGCUGGUCAGUUGGAUCACAAGACUGAAACUGUUGACUCACUGACUGUUGUUCACAGGACUGUUACCAAGUGCCUUUGCUCAUCGGUCAGACUUCUCUACUUUUCAGCUUAACUGGUGCAUAGUGACUAAUGUGGUGUUCUUUUCCUGGAGAAUCUUAGAUUUUUGCCUUUUCAUUGGUGAUUUUAGAUGGAUCAGAGGGUUUUGUAGUACAAGGAGGGAAGAAAGAUACAGAUCACGUUCCUCUUCCUGGCCAAAAGCUGAGGGCAUUUAUUCCCCUGGAAAUGAGUAAAAUUUCAGUGAUACAGAGGCCAUGCAUGACCUGAAACAUGCAUAAUGACUCAGAGGAAAUCAUUGCAUUACUGUAAAGUCCAGUGGCACUUCAGUUGCCUGGAUUCUUAGGGGCUGGUGUGACUGGCUGGGUGUCAGAGUAUGUAGAGCUCAGCAAAAGUCGUGUUAUUCUCCUGACCAGGAAAGACAAGCAGGAAAACAGCAGUUUCAUGCAACUUAGCAGUGCUAUUGCAAGUACUGCACGAGAUCAGCCUUGUGAGGAAGUAGUAGUGUUGCCAUUCUUCCUCUGAUAUCCAGAGAUGUUAGGAAGUCUUAGGAAAAGAGUUCUCUUACCCAGAGAUCUUAAGAAGUUGGACUAAUUUAACUAUAAAUCAAUCCAACCUGAUAUAUAACACAUUUUACUGAAAUCACAGUACAGGUGAAGAGCGCUGAGCAACUAUAGUUCUCAUCCGUAAAGAUAUAUGGAUUGCUACAACAUAACACGGAAAUGCAUCUGUAGAGGUGGUAAAAGAAUAUAUAUUUUUCCUUAAUUGUUUAAGAAUGAUUUGCUGUUAACCAAAGUCAGUUUUUAAAGGCAGUCCUGUUGGACUUACAAGAACUUUUAUAGUGGUUCAGAUUUUGAAUUACGUAUUGUUUAUGAAAAAUAUGUGCUAAUACAUUACAAUUGUAAGACCUCUUGCUAUUUUCUAUAUAGCUCAGAUUUUCUCCUCUCCAGAAUUUUAAAGUAGCAUUGGGUAUUUUGGGAGGAAAAUAAAACUUGUUUAACAAAAGAAGAGGAUAUUAAAGAGGUAUUGUUUAAAACUGAAUGUACAUAAGAUUGUUGGUAUGAAACAGUUGUGUUUAAUUUAAAUGUUAAAUACAGUUGUAUAUAUUUUUUACACUUAAACAGAUACAGUUUGUACCUUCCUGUACUGCAGUACUGGGCACAGACUAGUCAAAUGAAAAGAAAAAGUCUUUUGCAUUCCCUGCUUAAUAAGACUAACUAUUUUCUUAGAUGAUACAUUGCCAACAGCCUUUACUCCUUUGGCCUUGCUGAAAAGAUGAAGAGUUUAUACUUAAUAACAGGUGGGGAGGGAAAAAGGAAGGUUAAAUGCUAGUUUGGACUGGGGCAGGAAUUGUAUGUGAUAACAGAAGUUAUUUAGGGUAUGUUAAAACAUACCGUAAGCCUGGCUGUGAAGAUGAGGCCAUUCUGCAACAAGCUUAUGACGUGCUACACCCCACAGAGACAGUGUGUUAAAUUCAGUUCUCAAUUAUGUUUGAUUGUGACUCACUGGUGAUUUAGCUGGGGGCUGGCCUGAACCUUUCUCAUCAAAGCAGAUUAUGUCUGUCUUAAUGCCACUCUUCCCCACUCCCUCAGAUGGCAGUCUGUACUAGAGGCAUGGACAAAUACAGCUGAGUACAGUUGAACCCUAGAACAGUUUGGUCCUGCCCCUGAGAUGAGGGCUGAAACUGCCAUUGGUGUAGGCGCUGUGGUGUAGUAUAGCUGAGCCCCAAACUGACUGACCGAACUGUUUUAAAUUAAAUCACAAUUACUCAACAAGAUAAGAGUCAGGGAUCUUGUCUAAAUAAGACUUUAAAAUGGAAUUUUUGCUCAUCUUUAAUGUCUGGUUUUCCAUGGUUUAAAAAUGGAGGUGACCAUUAAGCAAGUGUCUUUUUUGGCUCAGGUGUGUGCAAAUGGUGUCCAGAUGAUUUCUUUACCAAAGAAGGAAGCAUGUAUCUUGUAUUUCCUUUCCUUUUGUAUUUGUUACGGAAUGUUAAUAAUGCUAGAAAGCUCUUUCCAAAGAGGGCUGAUGAAGUAAGUGGGGACUCCGACUCCCAUCUAGAGGGAGGCUCAGUGUUGUGUUGAGAGCAAGUGUAUGUGCUGUUGCCACUGGGUGAUAAUGCAAUUGGUUGAAUAAGCUGCUGCAGAUGUGUAGUGGCAUCUAAUAAAGUCCUACGUUUUUGUUUCAGAGAAA